UCAGUUUCACUACUUCUCUAAGAGGAUACCUCCAUACGCCUUUGCUUUGUCUUUCUACUCAUUGCCAUGGUGACCCACCUGCAGCACAACAACCUCAGCACAGAGCACAUCCCCGGUGCCCUGAGCCAAGCAGGUCACACCGCGGCGGCCGUCUUUCUUGGGUUCGUCCUGGUUCUGGGGUUUUUCGGCAACUUUCUGGUGCUUCUGGUGUUCUCACGUUUUUCUGGGCUGAGGACUCCGGCCAACCUGCUUCUCAUCAACAUCAGCAUCAGUGACAUGCUCGUUUGCAUCUUUGGCACAUCCCUCAGUUUUUCCGCCAGCGUACGUGGCAGGUGGCUGACAGGUUCCUACGGGUGCAAGUGGUAUGGCUUCUCCAAUGCUCUCUUCGGGAUCGUGUCUCUAGUGUCUCUGGCUCUCCUGUCCUUUGAACGCUACUCUGUGCUGCUCUGCAAGCAGCAGUCGGACUCCUGUCAGUACCGCAGGGCCUGGCUCGCCGUCGCAGCCUCCUGGCUCUAUUCGCUGGUGUGGACAGUGCCGCCACUGCUGGGCUGGAGCAGCUAUGGGCUGGAGGGUCCUGGCACCACCUGCUCGGUCCAGUGGCACCAGCGCACAGCCACGGCUCGCUCUUAUGUCAGCUGUCUGUUCGUCUUUUGCCUCCUCCUGCCGCUGGUGCUCAUGUUCUUCUGCUAUGGGAAGAUCCUCCUCGCUGUACGAGCAGUGGCGAGGCAGGUCUCAGGGAUUAACUCAACCUACCCUGACUGGAGAGAAGGCCGUGUCCUUCUGAUGGUGGUCACCAUGGUGACAGGCUACCUAUUGUGCUGGAUGCCAUACGGAGUUGUGGCGAUGCUGGCUUCAUUUGGAAGGCUGGGCUUAGUGCCGCCUGCCGCCAGUUUAAUCCCCUCACUGUUGGCAAAAACCAGCACCGUCAUCAACCCCUUUAUUUACGUGGUGCUGAACAGCCAGUUCUCCAGGUGUCUCCUGCACAUGAUCGGGUGCAGCUCACAAGCUCCGCCCACCCCAGAAAACCUCUCACAGCCCAGCAGCAGGGAGAUGUGGCAUCACGCUCCCAGCAUGCCAACACGGGAACAAAAUACAGUAACGCCCCAGUUCACAUCCAGAGGGCAGCAGGUCCAGCGUGGUGCUAGUGGCUCAGUGUGAAGCACAGAAGAUAACGACUGUCCUGCUUUAUAAACAUGUUCUGUAUUUAUAAUUAAUGAGUCAGUUCUCCGUCGUUCCUUUAAAUGGUGCUAUGUCAAUUUGGCGCCACCGGGUGGCGCUAUGGAGAACAUUAAACUAGUAAACAAAUAGGUGGACCACAGCAAGAGGUGACAUUUAUUUUCUUUUUAAUAAUGCUCAACAAUUUACCACAAUUAGAAAUUGUUCCAGUUCUGAAAUUCCUGAAUGGGCAACAGCAAAAUAAUUUAUUAAGAAAAUAAACAUACGUCUUCAAAAAAUAUACAGUCAUUAUGCUUCACGAACACCGAGCUCCCAGCGAGUGAGGGAUUGGUCUGAAGACAGAUUCACAUUGUGAUGGUGAGGUCAUAACAGCUGACAUGAUGGUCGAGCUGAAACACAGAUUCGACCUGGAGGGGUGGAACGAUGAGUGGCGAAGAAGCAGAACUUCCCUGAGCAGGUAGUCCACUCCAGACCUGCAUCUUAAACACUCCGCCAGUGUACAGACACGGACACCGCACACGAGUCUUACGAACGACUCAGAAACACACAUGGAACACUUAAAUCUUUCCCGCCAGGUGUAGCUCCUCCAGAACUUGAAAUCUGUCGUUGCGGCGCAUCCAUAUCGCUGAACAUCACAGCCAUGCUUAGCUGGGGUGAGGAACAUCUGCUGAUUUUUCUUUCUAUGGAAAGAAAAGACAGAGUCAUUCACAGGUCACAGAAUAACAGGAGAAACUAUCGAGGCUGAUUUAUGGUUGCAAAUUGAUUCACUCUGGCAGCUACGUGAAGUUCUCUGCACCGCUGGAUGUCACUUGGUGAAACAUAAUAUCUGAUUAGAGUGCUGUAUGUUAACAUGCAGGUGCAGCAGUGGAUGUGCACCAACAUCUGGGCUGCAGCAGCUGUCGAGAAACAAGAACUGCGGCUCCUUCAGACUGUUUAUCAUGGCACUGAAGAUUAAGGUCAAAGACCUGUUAAGGAAGUAGAGGACUGUUUGUUACACACUUCCUGCUCGCUGGCUCAUCAGUGUGCAUAACAAGGAAUGAAUUAUUGCCAGCUUUUGUAAUGUAAUUAGCUGCUAUAGUAUCAUAUGGCUGCAAUCCGACUCUGAACUGAGGAGGUUGAAGCAACAUUUGUGUUCUUGGAUUUUGCUACGCCAAGUACUGUUGACUGGUUUCACUUACCCUAAUGUGGGCAAUCAGGAUAAGCGGUUAUCAGAGACAUGAACAAGUCUACUUGAUUCUGAUGGAUUACAACUACAAGAGUGUUUUUUACUCUCUCAGCUGUAGACUCAGUGGUGUUUAAAGCUGCGUACACACACAAACCACAAGCAGCUACGGGUGAAAUAACCACAGGUGACAGGAAGUGAGCAGGACAAGAUAAACUUUUCUCAACUUCUACCUGAGCGACUGAAGCGGCUACAAGUGAGAGUGAAGAAUACAGCUGAUUGACAUUUGACUUGUCACUGAUUUCAUAGCCGUUGGUCUCUAAUCUUGAGCCUAACCUGCUACGGAACAGGUUUUUAGAAAAUGUUAACAUGUGAACCUUCCUUGUAAUACUGAAAACCCAAGGUUAAGUCUGAAGUUAGGUUGAUAAGGCCAAAUCCUACUUUGCAGUACAGAUCUCUGGGCUGUGGGGCAUUUGUGAAACAGCCAAACAGAGCACGCCUACAUGCAACACCACAUGUAAAAUUAGGCAAGCUACCACACAGCAAGGUGUAAAAAGACUAUAUAAUGAAAAAGGAUACAUCUCUCCUGAUCAUGGGAAAUACAAUCAUUCACUUUAGUGAAAACAAGCAGGAAGAAGCUGAUGUUUUCCUGUUAACAGAAACAUAUACAAGCCUACUGCAGGACUCCCUUGAAUCCUUCUACUCAAGGGCAAAUCUUUGUUUUUUUUUAAGGUUUCUCUUGAGAGGAAAAGCUGGCUCGUUAGUUUAGUUUCACCCAUUCCUGAAUUUAAAAAAGCAGAGCCAACUUUUCUAAUUUAGGUAGUUAUUGUUCAUCUGCAUGUCCUUUUGGUGGUACAAUAAAAUCUCCUUCCACUGUUU